AUAAUCAUAACCCAGAGUAUGCAUAAUGCUUACUACCAUUCAUGCCAUUUCAAUUUGAAUCAUGUUAAUACCACGUUUUUAAACGGAGGGUCAUUUUAUUCAAAUGGCAUUUGGACUCAACUUGCCAGCAUUUAUACUUUUCAGGUCAUUGAUUUUAAAAGCUUUUGGAAAAUGAAGAGUAGCAGACAUUUAAACUUGAGUGAGUGCUUCAUCUUUAAAACAAGGAUUUUCUAUUGGGCCAAAGCUAACGUCGGUGGGAAUAGCAGACAUGAUAUGCUUAUUUUAUGGGUGCUAAUGUUCCCCAUCUGUAGAUAUAGAAGUUUUUCCGAUACAGCAAAAUUUGUAAGCCAAAUAUUUUGGCGGAUUCCUGACAGAGUGCCACGGGCCCUACUUUAAGAAUCACUGUUUUUGAUGAAAAUGUUUUGGUUGGGUUCUUUAGAGUCAAAAGUCCUUAUUCUCCAAAACACAACCCAGGUUUAUAAUCUCUACUAUAUAUGAAUGUACAUGAGUAGAGUAACAUCAGGUGAUAGUAUUAAUGGGAAAAGCACAGCUCCACAGGCUCCCAUUUGUAUUUUCCGAUGUGCACUGAUUCAUCUUUUAUAUUCCAAAAAAGACAUUUUUCACGUAUAGCAGUCCUUUAGAAUGAAAAGGCAAAUAAUGCCCUGAAGCCACAAUGAAACAUGUUGAAAUAUCAUAUUGUUCGUCCAGAGCUCACAGUGGGAACAGGCAGCAUCUGUCAUAUAGCCUACCAUAUUGUAUACCGUUAGAUCAACGGGGUUCAUCAGGAAGCGGAGAGAAUUAAUGAAGCCCCAAGCCAGCCAAUUAUCCCGCAUUACACUGGCCUUUGUGCUGCCGAUACAUUAUUCUAUCAAAUAUGAAGUGGGGAUUUCAGUAGCCUGCCCCCCGGACGGUGCUUCCUUUGCUCUUUCAUUCUCUUUCCCUCUCUUUCCCUUUCUCUCAUUUCCCACUCAACGCCCAGAUGAAGGGGUGGGUCGCAAUGCCAAAUCAGAGAUGAUGUGUCCUCGCUUCCCCGAGCCUCUGCAGCUGGAGCAUCCGAUCCCCGGUCUGAAAGAGGCCCUGGAGAAGGUGGACGCUGUGCUUCGGCAGAGCAUCAAUCCCAUCAGCCUCCCCUCUCUGUCGGCCAUCGUGAUCUUAAAUGACACAGUUUUGUGGACCGGCAACUUUGGAAAGAGGAAUGGCAGUGACCCUCUCUCGGGACCCCCCAAUGAGUACACAAUUUACAGAAUUGCAAGCCUAUCAAAAAUCUUCCCGACCUUGAUGCUGUACAAACUGUGGGAAGAUGGGAAGAUCGGCUCCCUGGAUGAUCCUCUGGAAAAAUAUGUGGAGAACUUCACCAUCAAAAAUCCUCUGGGGAAGAUGCGAGACUCUGAGCUGAAAUACGUGACAGACGGCCUGAUAUUUCUGGACAGCGGGGAGGUUCAGAUCCGCUCCUCCUCGGUCACUCUGCGCAGGAUGGCCAGCCAGCUCUCAGGCCUACCCAGGAGACUUCGCGCCACAAGUCUGCUUUGGAAAGGAAAAACACAAACUGCAAUCAAUCUGCUGCAAGAUGAUGUCCUUGUCGCAGACCCAGGCACCAAAUGUCACUACAGCAACCUCGCCUUCUCGCUGCUGGCUCACGUGAUGGCCGAGCGAGUGGCCGCCGUUGACUACCAGCGGUGGAUCACAGACAACAUCCUGGACCGGCUGGGCAUGGAGGACACCGGCUUUGACAUCACCCCGGGGCUCCAGGGCCAGAUGGCCGUGGGCGUGUACUCCAACGGAAAGCCAGCCCCGCUCUACGACCUGGGCUGGUACCGGCCUUCGGGUCAGAUGUUCUCCACGGCCGCAGACUUGGCCAAGCUCACCAUGAUGCUGCUGGGCGCUUACCACCGCAAGAUGCUGGAACCAGACUCAUUGAAGAUCAUGCUAACCCCGCUUUUCAGGUGCGAUAAGGACUACUUUGCCAACCGUACUGGGACGCCGUGGGAGGUGAAUGAGCUCAUGGGCUACGAGAUGGUGCGAAAAGAUGGUGAUCUGGACGGCUACUCUGCCACCUUGUCCCUUGUACCCAGAAUGAAGCUCGGUCUGGUGGUGCUUAUGGCUGGCAGCCGACCUCAGAACCAGGACUUGGUCACCAAGGCCUACAACCACAUCAUACCAGCCAUAGAAAAAGCCUUCAGGGAGGGCAAGAAGGUCCUUUAUCGUCCACCAAACCCAGAACCUUACAUUGGCUUUUUCACCUACAGUAACAUCACCUUCUACGAGAUAAAAGUCGGGUCCGACGGAGUUCUGAUCAUGCAACAGUUUGGGCCUCAGAUUGAGGAGGUGAUUCCAGAGAAGUACAGGACAAUAAAGCUCAACUACCUGGUUGACCGGGUGUUUAGAGUGGUUUUUGAAAAAGAGUACCCUUGUGUUUUGCGAGUCGGGACGGCCUCAGUGUCCCUAGAAGCUCAAGAUGGCCAAUUGUUUAACUUCUACACGUUUGACAAGCGUGGUUUGUCCCCUGGUUUUGAUGCACCGGGACUGAACACAUACAAUGUGGUCAGAAUAUCCCGCAGGCCAUCCUUCUCGAGCUGAACUGCAGCCUGAAGUCAACUGAUGUUUGCUUGAGAUACGUGAAGGACUGUAAAAAAAAAAAAAAAAUGGGGCUGUGAAUAUUGAAAGGCCAAACGAUAAAGUCUGGGUCAUUUUGGCGAUGAAAGAUGGAAUUGUGCUCUUGAUUUAUAGAAAGCACAGAGAGGGACGGCAAUAUGUAAAAUGUCUUGCACAGAAAAGUAAUGAAUUUAUGCUAAAUGAUGUGUAUGACUGUCCUUCAUUCGGCCUCCCGCCUGAACAUUCACACUAUGGUGAUACGGUGCAUGUGUUUUGCCUUCUACUAAACCGCUGUUACAUUGUCUCCGUCUCUUCUGUCCUUGAGUUUCACGAGAGAACACGGGCUCACAAUGAACUCCUCCAGUGGUUAUCUACAUAAAUAUUUCCAUAGAUUUCAUUUUCAAUUCUUUCGACGAUGAUUGCAAUUCCACGAAUGAAUAAACUCAUACAUCAUUGGUUGAAUAUAUGUAUGAUUGGUUUGGGUGACAAUAAUAUUAAAUUUCUAGUUACUAUGAAUUAACUAAGCUAGUGCCAGGGAGAAUCAGGACUUUAAAGCUCCACAUGAAUAUGCAUCACUUCUAUUUAAAUGCAGAUGUUGCCACGGAAUGGAACUGCUAAUUUAAUGUCAAGAAGCACACACAAAGAUGCAAAAUAUUGUGGCGCCCCAAUAAGAGGCGAUAAAGGACAUAGAAGCUUUUGGUUGCCUGUGUGACUCAUUGCUGUUUUAGCCCUAAAAAUGGACUCCAAUUUGUCUCAACCUCUAACACCAAGAAGAAUAAUAAACUGCUCUGACUGAAAAUGACAGAUUCAAGCUUACAAAAGUAACCCCUAUGGCCAAGGCCGAUGUUUUACCGCUCAUAUUAGAUUAUGUGUCUGAAUAUAUGAUGGAAAUGGGAUAGACAUUAAAAAUGUACCAGGUGCAGCGAGUACAAUUGAGGCAAUGUGAAGAAGUAAAUCUACUGUGUCCACUUCAUCUGGCUGUGGAUGAAAAUAUUGAAACUGCCGUUCAACUAUGAAAUGAUAUGUUGUCAAG